AGCAGGUUGCGAAGUAACCCCGUGGAUUUUGGCGCUUGGGUAGCCACCGUGGCUGGAGAGCAAGAGAUUACCAUGGAUGGGUUCCGUAUAUAUUCUUCAGAUAACUACACAGAGGAAGACUUGGGGGGUUCUGGUGACUAUGACUCCAUGAAGGAACCCUGCUUCCGAGAGGAAAAUGCCAAUUUCAACCGUAUCUUUCUGCCCACUGUCUAUUCCAUCAUCUUCUUAACUGGUAUAAUAGGCAAUGGAUUAGUCGUCCUCGUUAUGGGUUAUCAGAAGAAACUGAGAAGCAUGACAGACAAGUACAGACUGCACCUGUCAGUGGCUGACCUCCUAUUUGUCCUCACACUUCCCUUCUGGGCAGUUGAUGCUGCUGUGGGAAGCUGGUACUUUGGGAGGUUCUUAUGCAAAACAGUCCAUGUCAUCUACACAGUCAACCUCUACAGUAGUGUCCUUAUCUUGGCCUUUAUCAGUCUGGACCGGUACCUGGCCAUUGUCCAUGCCACCAACAGUCAAAGGCCAAGGAAACUGUUGGCUGAAAAAGUGGUCUAUGUUGGUGUCUGGAUACCUGCUCUCCUGUUGUCUAUUCCUGAUCUCAUCUUUGCCGAUGCCGAGAAAGCAGAUGACACAUCUACCUGUGACCGUUUCUACCCCAGUGACUUGUGGCUGGUGGUAUUUCAGUUUCAGCACAUCAUGGUUGGCCUUAUACUGCCUGGUAUCAUCAUCCUGUCCUGUUAUUGCAUUAUCAUAUCCAAGCUAUCACAUUCCAAAGGCUACCAGAAGCGUAAGGCCCUGAAGACCACAGUUAUCCUCAUCCUGGCUUUCUUUGCCUGCUGGCUGCCCUACUAUAUUGGGAUCACCAUCGACUCGUUCAUUCUACUGGAAAUCAUCAAUCAAGGAUGCGAAUUUCAGAACACUGUGCACAAGUGGAUUUCCAUCACUGAAGCCCUAGCCUUUCUCCACUGCUGCCUGAAUCCCAUUCUGUAUGCCUUCCUGGGUGCCAAAUUUAAAACCUCUGCACAGCAUGCACUCACCUCUGUGAGCAGAGGGUCCAGCCUCAAAAUCCUCUCUAAGGGAAAGAGGGGUGGACACUCUUCUGUUUCAACUGAGUCUGAAUCUUCAAGUUUUCAUUCCAGCUAACGCUGAUGUAAAAGACUUAAGAAACUUUUUAAGUUACACAUUUUUUUUUUCAGAUGUAAAAGACUGACCAAUAUUGUACAGUUUUUUAUUGACUGUUGCAUUUUUCCUUGUUUUUUUUUUUUUUUU